AUGUCGUACUAUUCGAGCGACGAAUCGUCAGAGAUUGUACAUAGAACAACAGUUCGUGAGCACAGACGCUCGCCAUCACCGUUCCGCCGGCCUCCGCCGCCUCCUCAUCACGGUCCGGGCCCGCAUUUCAUCCAGACCGUCACCAGAGAUGUGCGGGACCACCGGCCGACAGGCUACUAUCACGACCCCCGCCGUCCCGAUGAGCGCAUGACCAUUGUUCACACGCGGUCCCGAUCCAGGGAGCGUCGAUCUCCUCCGGCCCGUGCAGGCCCUCCAGCUCCUGGUGCGCCCCAUGUGGUCAUCAACCAACCGGUUAUUGACCGGCGCCGCAUAGAGCGCGACUCAGACUCUUCGUCUGACGAUUCGUCCUAUGGUUCUUCUCGCCGUCAUCGGCGCCGCCACCGACAUCGGUCUCGUAGCCGCGCCCGUUCUCGGUCCUCGAGUGCACACAGCAACCUCUCAGACGUCAGGGAUAAAUGGGAGCUGGAGCGCGCGCGUGAGACGCUUACUGCCCUGCGGCUCGAGAACGAGAGGAAGGCUGCCGAGCGUCAGAUGGAGAAGUACAACAAGGAACAGGCGGAACUCGCCUCGAUGCGGAUGAAGUUGGAGAUGCAACGGGAGCGAGAAGAAGAGGAGCUGCGCCGUGACCGCCACAGGGACGAGUACGAGUUGAUCCACCUCCAGCGCGAGAUUGCGCGCAUCAGGCAGCAGGAGGAGGAGUUAAGGCGUCAGAGGGCGCAUGAGGAAAAGGCCAAGUUAGCCAAGGACAGUGACGAACUAGCCCGCCUCAAGGCCUUAGAGGAGGAGAAGAAGCGCGCAAGGGCGGCCGAGGAGGAGGCCGAGUACAAGAAAUAUAAGGCCGAGCUAGAACGCCGGAUAAAAGAAGAGGAAGAGGAGAACCGGAAAAAGGCCCAAGAGACUGAGAGCAAGGCCAAGGCCGCCCUCGCCGAGCUGGAGCGCAUCCAGCGGGAAAAGAAGCAGAAGGAGGAGGAAGAGCGGAUCAAGCGAGAGAUGGAACUCAAGAGGCUCGAGGAGGAGAAGAAGGCCCGGGAUGAGGAAGAGCGCAAGAAGAAGGAGGCCGAGGAAGUCAUCGCCCAGUGGAAGGCCAAGGAGGCGGAGCGCAUCGAAAAGGAGAAGAAGGAACAAGAGGAAAAAGAGAAGGAGUUCCAACGUCUCAUGCAGGAGCGGCUGAUCAAUUCGGGCCUCGACGAGAAGGCCAUCGAGGCCAUCAUGAAGAAGGAGAAGAUCAAGAAGGAGGAAGAAAAAAAGCGGGAGGAGGAACAGCAGCUCGCUCGGCCCAUGUACACUCGCAUGCCGCGCCGCCACCUCGACAUUGAGACGCUGAGAUUCUUCAAAAUCGAUUUUGAGCUGGAUUCAGACCCGGAGUACAUCAUCAUCAAGCGUUGGGUGCCGGAGUGGGAGCAGGAAAUGCUGUGGGAAGACACGCGCAAGCGUCGCAGCCGCGGCCCGAAGGUCAUGCUCGAGGUCGGUGACCGCCACCACCACCACCACCGCUCUCACUCGGGUGAGUACGAGUGGGUUCGCCCGAAGCAGCCGAAACGCAGCCGCAGCAAGUCGCCGGGUCUGCUGAUGUAUCUGGCUGGUGGUCGGCCGCGGUAA